UGAGGUUUCAUUUCUGGAAGCCCAGGAUGAUUCCCUGUCGCAAACGAAAUGUUUACACUGCAACGCAUGGCCAGAGGCACAUGCUGUUAUAGUUUAGACACACUCUCAUUAGGAAGAAUAACCAUGGAUGAUUGCAUACCAACACACAUGCUGCCUGUGGAGACACACACACACACACACACACAUGACAGGGAAAAAACAAGUUCCCAAAAAUAUCAGUCACAUGUCCCCUGUAAAUCCAGGCUUAUCUGUUAUAGCGUCUGGGGUUUCUGGUUUCCAGAGGACAUGUCUCUGCCUCAGUGCUGCUUUAGAGGACGAAUGGAGAGAUAGAGGAAACGCUAUUGAAUGAAAUAUGGACUUAUGGGCCAUGAGCCUUAAUCUAAAUCGUAUUAAUCUCUGCUCGAUCAUUGGGGAGGACUACGAUCGCCUGCGACCCCUGUCCUACCCCAUGACAGAUGUCUUCCUCAUUUGCUUCUCCGUGGUGAAUCCGGCCAGCUUCCAGAACGUGAGAGAGGAGUGGGUCCCUGAGCUGCAGGAGUACGCACCCAACGUCCCUUACUUGCUCAUUGGCACUCAGAUUGACCUGCGGGACGACCCCAAGACUAUUGCCAAGCUGAACGACGUGAAGGAGAAGCCCAUUGCGACAGAACAAGGCCAAAAGCUAGCAAAGGAGGUGAGAAAUGGAUAGUUCCUUUUUCUCAAGAACAAAAUAAAACUGAAACUUUGUACUAAGAAAAACUCAGAAGUGAGUCAAAAGGAAAGCAAAAAAGAUUGUCGUGACUUACUGGUUUGACCUAAAAAAAAAAAAAAAAAAAAAAAAAA